UGCAAUGGGCCACAGUAAGGUUUGUGUAUUGGGCCAUUCGGAUAUGCGCUUCUCUGAUGAAAGCUGCCUCUUCCCAGCCGACUUCUCUCUGGUCCUGCAGCUUCUUUACUAUUUCAAGACAAUCAGUUUCUAUCAUAAUUCCAUCUUUUCUCCUGUCGACGAAGUAGUCUAGAGCAUGCAGCAAAGCUUGCAGUUCUAUGUGCAACGGCGAGGUCGCGGGUAUUAUCCUGGCCAAGCCUUCCAGCAAGGUACCAGCUUUGUUUCUGAGGAUUCUAGAAACCACGCCUUUUGCUGCAUCUCCAAGGAAGGAUCCAUCUAUGUUGAUUUUGAAGGAGUUUCUCAUCGGUGGUUUCCAACACAGAGAUGGCUUCGGUCCAGGGGCAGAGAAGAAAUAGAUGCUCUACCGUUUCAGCUUCCUGAUCACAGAAGGGGCAUGCUAGUCGAGACUCAAACUCAAAUGAAAACAGACCUGGUUGUAGAUGCUUGCAUAUGACAGAAUUCGAUUUCCAAGCUUUCUUCAUCGUGGCUUGGAAAGCUUGGAAAUUGACAGAAGGACUUCCAAGAAGUUUACCAAAGACAGUACGUUCACACUCUUGUAAUUUGUCUUCAGUCACCACAUUGUCUAACACAGCAUUUUUUCUUCCUGUCCAGAGAUGUCCUAACCUUCUACACAAGGCCACCAUCCUUAGAUCCCGUUCUCUGUUUUCUUCCAUAUUGCUAGAUUUUGUGACU